AUGGCUGCCUUCGAAACAUUAGGAAAAUUAAUUCAAGACCUAAAACUAAAACAUCUUUUUAAAAAGAGAAUCUUCAAAAAAAAAUCUAAAAAAAAUUUUUAUCAAAUUAACCCUAAAGAGAAAUUCGAAAUUCCAAAAUCCUUUGAAUGUGACUUCCCUUUACGUUCAAAUAAUGCAGAUUAUGAUUCGGAAGUUGAGAAACAUUCUUUUGAGUGGGCAAUAAAAUUCGGACUGAUGUCAGAAGAAAAAGUAAUUAAACGUAUUAAAAGUGCCAAGUAUAGUCUAUUUGGGUGUUAUGUUUUUCCAACCGCCCCGUUUGACAGACUUUGUCUGGGUACCGAUUUCAUGUUCUGGCUAUUCUUUCUCGAUGAUCAGGUCGAUGAUAAGCUUGACUUAAGUGGUGAGCCUGAAAAACUAAAAAAAGCUUUAGACGGUCUCUUACUGGUUAUAAAUAGCGAUCAUUUCCCAGAUUCCAAUAAGUAUCCAAUUGCUGUCUCGUUAUGGGACUUAUGGUCAAGAAUGAAGUGUAUAACUGGAAAAGUUUGGCAACAAAGAUUUCGUACAUCCCUAGCCAAUUACUUUAAUGCGUACUACAUACAUGCACAGAAUUGUGUCUCCAAGAAAGUUCAUAAUUCCGUUGAUGACUACGUAGAGUUAAGAAGGUAUACAGGUGCUGCAGAAGUUUCGUUCAAUCUUGUCGAGAUCACGCGUAAUUUGGAACUUUCUGAUGAUGUAUACAGCGAUCCGAAAUUUCAAUGCGUUUUUAACUAUUGCAAUGAUCACGCUUGCUUUGUAAACGAUAUUUAUUCCCUCAGGAAAGAACUUCUGGUCAACGGUACAGAUAAUUUAAUUGUUGUUUUGAAAAAUCUAAAUAAUUAUUCCUUGCAAGAGGCUGUUAAUGAUGCCGCAAAAUUGUCAAAUCUGCGUGUUACUCAAAUACAAGAAAAUAUCUCUAAGUUACCAGAUUUUGGUCCAGAAAUGAAUAAAGCUGUUAAUUCGUACUUUGAAGGAGUAAAAGAUUUUCUUUCUGGUUCCUUUUACUGGCAUCAAAUUACCCCCAGAUAUGCUGUAGAGGAUAAGAAACAAAUGGAAUCCUACUUGGAACUGAUUUUGGCACCAUAA